GCUAGCGAUCGUCGGGAGAUAGUUAUAGAAAUGUUUUGGCUAUGUUUCAUUGAUGGAAUUUAUCAAAGGAGUAAAGAAACAUUUGAUUUUGGAAGGAGCGACAGCAGGCAGUCUGUCGCGCGCUUUUUCUUUGCGCACUGAUCAAACAGAGUAUAGAUAUAUCUACCACUCGUUUCCUACUAUAGGGAGUUUAAUAAAUGCGAUUCUAGUGGUUUUGAUAUCCCGUUGCAACGUUAUCGACCUAUGGUUCAUGCUGAUUUAAAAAGUUCCUAUAAAGAUCGUAAAUGAGAAUUAUUUAAUAGGCGACUCUUGCGAUUUCUUAAAUAAUCUACAUUCAUGUAUUAAACGUGCUUCGCCGGCACCUUGGAAAUGUGGACUGUGUAAUCGUGAGGGUGCGUGCGCUAACCGUGUAUGUUAGACAACGAGCAACGUAACGAUAAACAAAUAAAUUAAUGUAGUGGAAAAUAAAUUUAUUUGCUCCAUGCAACAGCUCGUCGACUUCAAAUAGUUUAGUGCCGUGUGACAACGGUGAUAUAUUUAUUGAGAACCGGAGAAUGCUUAGGAGUCGUGGGUGAGAUCUUUGAUUAACCACAUUAUCAGAACACGUUUUAGAAUGCACUGUUGGCACGUGUCUGGCAUUCUUUCACGACGUUUCAAUUCCAAUUUAAUUAAUAAUAGCACAGCUCGAAAUGCUUUAUGUAACCGUCAUAGUCGUGCUUAUGGAAAAUGGGGUGGGCAUGGUCGACGGAUAGGUAUUUGGUUUAGGGAGCAAGGUAUCCAGGUCGCCAGAGCAUGUGCUAAACAAUUUGAGUUUAUUGCUGCUCAAAGGGUGAGACGGAGUAUGCAAAUAUUUCAUCUUUAUACAAAGAUCUGGGACGAGGUUGCUCUCAGAGAAUUUAUAAAGUCAUGGAGAUGCAGAGUUGGAAGGAACGCUAAGGAGUUUCUUGUCAGUGCUGUUGGUGUUAGCAUUUACAAUUGGGACCGGGAAAGGAUAUCAGAUGAGGAGAUGUAUAGUUAUAGUAAAGAAAUAGAUGGAAUUUACAAAUUAAGAGAAUCCACAGUGACAUGCAACAACUGUCAUCAAAGAUUGGUGAUUGACGUGACCCAAACUGGAAUAGAGUAUUGCAAGUGUCAUGGAGCAAAAGCAGCAAUUGCCAAUUGCCAAAAUGAAGAAGAAUGGCAGCCAUUUAUUGAGAGACAGGAUAUGCUUGUAUGGCGAAAGGAGGAACCUGGUACUGGAGGACUUUAUGCUUAUAAAGUUUAUGGCUCUUUUUCCGAUGUGUCUGCUCAUGAUUUUCUGCAAGUUCAAAUUGAUGUAGAGUACAGAAAACAGUGGGAUCAUACAGCACGGCAAUUGGAGAUCAUCGAUACUGAUCCCUCAUCAAAUUCGACAUCUAAUUCCAGCAGUGAUAUAAUGUAUUGGGAGAUGAUCUGGCCCAGUUUGUUCGCAAACCGUGACUACGUGUAUCAACGGCGAUGGUUACUGAACAAAAAUCAAGGAUUGAUAAUCAUCGUUAGCAAGGGGACAGAUCAUCCAAAGGCACCAAAGAGAACUGAUACCCACAGAGUUACCUCCUACUGGUCGUAUAUGGUGAUAAGGCCUUACAAAGAUUUCGAUGAGCCAGGAAUCGAAUUUUGUUUGACGUACUUCGACGACCCGGGUAUCCACAUACCAUCAGCUGUCACUGCAUGGGUUUCAAUGAGCGGUUUACCAAACUUCCUAUGUCGUAUGCGACAAGCCGCGAGAGAUUAUCAUAAGAAUAAAGCAGAACUUGGAAAAAAUACGUUGGUACCAAAGGAGGAAUCCAGUUCAGGUGACGAGAAUAUUCCAAAUAGAGUGUACGAUGUAGAUGGCGUGACUUCACCAUCGUCAAUUAAAAAGGAAAAUCAGUCUGAGAAAGUGGACAAGGAAAAUGAAACGGAAGCGGCAGAUGUUACAACGAAAGAUGAGGUGGAUAACAAUGAAAAUGAAAACAAGGAAAAGGAAAAAGAAGAAGAAUCAGAGAAGAUAGAGAAUCAAGAACAUAUACCAGAAGAUUAUGGAUUCCUCCAUUAUUUUUUCCUUACUAAGUUGUUUGCUUGACAUGCAAUUCAAUGGGGUAGUUUCAAUGAAGGCACAAUGAUCGCAGAAAUUCCGACAACUCGACAAUUUGCAGUGGCGCAAAUAAUGUUAACUGUGGACUCAAAUUAGUCAAGUUACAAUUCUAAUUGUCAUGUAAUUAUCGUGUGGACUAAUAAUUUUAACUCAUUCAAAACUGGGGGUAGUUACUUCGUUCUCUUGAAUGGGAAGGAUCAAAUUAUUUUGCAAUACCACAAGAAACUGAUCCUUAUUAAUUUAUUCAACGGUCGAUGGAAUUUGGUAUGAACAUAAUUAGAUUUUCUGUUGAACAAUAACAUUUUGCAUCAGUUUUCAUCAUGACGCAUUAUAGUUGUUAAUGAUAGAGCUAAUCGAUGAGGAAUAUUUUUGGAAUGUAUAAUGUGGAUAUAAACAAACAUACCAUACUUCAUGUAAACUAAACAUCUUUGGAUUUUAUUCAUUUUAUCUAUAUUACUGCAAAAUUUCAGUGUAUCUAUUACAAAAGAUUAGUCCUAUUAAUUCAAAAAUAUUUCCUGAACGCAAAUCAAAGACGUAACAUAGAUUCAAACGAGUAAAUAAAAAAUAUAAUCAUAUUUGUAAUAUAGUCAACAUAGUCUAUAAUUUAUAUAGCAAACAAAUGAUUUUCCACCGAAUUUAAUAUGAUCGAAUGGCUUCACUAAUGCAAUGUACAAUACGAGCGAAUUCGUUGCCGUUAGAAUUGAAAAUUAUUUUUAACUUUUAAAAUGUGCAGCGAACGUUCACCAUUAAAUUUUUUACAAUUUUGAAUUGAAACAGUCAUAGACAGUUAAUCAAGGAUUUGACGAUGAUUCGGUGCAAUGGCAGUUUAAAACAGACUGAUUUUGCCAAUUUAGUAUAUUGUAAAUAAAAUAUUACACAUCUCAUUGUCAAUGUUGAAUUAUAUAAUUGGAUAUGUACAAUAAUGAAAACAUCAUGCUAAAUAAAAAAACGGUGUCUUAAUAUUUUA